AUGACAACGCCUCUGUGUCCGUUUCCGAUUCAGGCUGUCCGGCAGCCCGCGGCCCAUGGCCUCUCCCAGAUAACCAAGAGUCUCUACCUCAGCAACGCUGUGGCAGCCAAGGACAGAUUCAUGCUGUCUACCAACCACAUCACCACGGUCAUCAAUGUGUCGGUGGAGGCGACCGACACGUUCUUCGAAGACAUCCAGUACUUAAAAGUGCCGCUGGCGGAUGCUCCCAAUUCGCGCCUCUACGACUUCUUUGACUUUAUUGCAGAUCACAUCCACAGCGUGGAGAUGAUGCAAGGCCGAACGCUGCUGCACUGCGCUGCCGGGGUGAGCCGCUCUGCCACGUUCUGCCUCGCCUACCUAAUGAAGUACCACUCCAUGUCGCUGCUGGACGCCCACACGUGGACCAAGUCCUGCCGCUCCACCAUCCGGCCCAACAACGGCUUUUGGGAGCAGCUUAUCCAUUAUGAAUUCAAGCUGUUUGGCAAGAACAGCGUUCACAUGAUCAGUUCCUCACUGGGGAUGAUUCCCGACAUCUAUGAGAAAGAAAUCUGUUUGAUGAAGCUGAUGGGAGUCAUUCCGGCCAGCCGCUAA